GCAGAGAGAAAAGCCAGCGAUGGCUUCGCUCAGGCAGGAGCACCACUACGGGCUCUCCUGUGGGAAAAACAACAAAAACAGCCCCAACAGGACGCUGUACCAUGUCAAGCUCACGGACACGGCCAUCAGAGCGCUGGAGGCUUACCAAAAACUCAAGAUCUCUUUACCAAGUGAGCCAUCGAUUUGCUUCAAAGGAAACCAAGGGUACAUCAAGAUCCCAGCUCCCACACCAGAGUCACCUUCUGCUCUUCGCGUCUUUUCCUUCUACUUAUCCAGCGACAGCAAAGACCAACCUCAAGCCAGCUUCGACUGCAUCCAUCAAUAUGUUUCAAGUGACGGCCGUGAGCAGCUGGAAGGUCAAGGCAUCAUCCAGGACAAGAUCACAGUGUGCGCCACCGACGACUCCUACCAGAUGACCCGUGAGAGGAUGUCUCAGGUGGAGAAGGACAGCUGGAGCCGCUCGGCCAUUGAGAUCAAACCCGGAGCCACACAUCCAAGUAAAUGUGUCAAGUUCCACAAGAGGCCAGCUCCUCUGUCUGCAUCAGACAGCAGCUUGCAUAAGCAGUCUUCAAACACCAAGAAGAACGGCGCUAUGGCCACGCCGACCCAGAAGCCCUUGAGGGAGCGCAUCAUCCACCUCCUGGCUCUCAAACCCUACAGGAAACCAGAGCUGCUGCUGUGGCUGGAGAGAGAAAGAGCCGGCUUAAAGGACAAGGCGGAGCUGGGUUCUACACUGGAGGAGGUGGCAAAAGUGAAUCCCAAAGACAGCAGCUACCUGCUGAGGGACGACUUCUACAAGUAUGUGCAGAGGGACUGGCCGGGCUACAGCGAGGAGGAGAGGCAGCAGAUCAGCAGGCUGCUGGCCAGGAAGUUGCAGCCACACAUCGGCCACCAAUCAAGGAAUCUUCAAGCAAAUGUGCCAGUGCUGAAGACCUCGGAGGAGACGACGUUACAUCACAGCCCAGCAAAAAAUCCUGCAGUGAAACGUCCUGUGCCUUUUGACUCUCUGGAAAGGCUAGCCGUUAAGAGACAAAGACCUGCGGACCAGAAGUUGCAACAGCAGCCCUCAGUAAACGAACUCUUGAACAAUAAAGGACACGACAUUGCAGCUCCUACCCUCAACCCCAGUUUCAACACAAAGACUGAGUUUCAACGGACAAGUAACCAUAGUGGUAACCAAAACGGCUUACCAAUGGGCCACAACGGCUUCCCUCUAAUGCACAAACUGUCUAGCAGCUCUGACGCACCCGUCUCGGAGAGCAGAGACCAAGAACCCAAAGUAAACAGCCACCAGCCACCACAGGGUGACUCUGACUGUGCUCACCAGCAGCUCGCCAACAGCCAGCACAGGAAGAAGAAAUCCAAAAAGCACAAAGACAAGGAGCGGGAGAGGUUAAAAGACAACAAGGGCAGUGAAUGGUUGGAGACGAGUCCUGAUCUCAAGCAGAACCUGGACAAACUUGACAAUCUUGACAUCACAAAUGCUGUGGCCUCUGAGGAGAAGCCGGAUUAUGUGCUAACAUACGGCGCCAUCAUGAGUUUGGAGCAACGUGCGAGGUACCAGGAGGAUUUCUGUGCAGAGUAUGAUGAAUACAAAGACCUCCACUCCCGGAUCGCCACCAUAACUCACAUGUUUGUCCAGUUAGGAUCCAAGAUCAAGAACUUGUCCCCUGGCACACAAGAAUACAAGAUAAUGGAAGACCAAAUACAAGAAAAGUACAACAAGUAUCGAAAGAAGUUCCCAGGCUACCGGGAAGAGAAGAAACGCUGCGAAUAUCUCCAUGAGAAACUAUCCUACAUCAAACAGCUCAUCAUAGACUAUGAUGUCUCUCAGGCUUCUUCAUAGCAUUGGCUCUCCCCUUUAUCAGAUUUUUUUUAUAUAAGGAACACUCUUCUUUGCAACAAAAUUGUUUGUCAUGGCAAUUUACAAACAAUUGCCCUAAUGGUUUUUGUGAGGUUGUUCAAACCAGUGUCAGUGUAAGCCAUUUUAAUGGAAACAUGUAAGAGGUAGCAAAUAUGACUUUUACUUAUUCACUUUGUUUUUGACACAUGUUGUCAAACAUUGCUCUAGGCAAUUUUAUAGAUUUAAAGAAAUGCAGUGAAAUUUUCAAUUCCAUAUCAAAGUUGCCUCAACAUUGAUACUCAAUUGAAGCAGCCCAGUGCAAAAAAACAGAAAUGUUGGAAGUAAUUUUAUUUCAAGUGUAGCCUUCAUGUUUUAUUAUAUAAAUGGUAUGUUAAUUACUCUUGCCCCUUAAUGUUUCAGGAGAUUAUCUUGAAGGAAGACUAGUUUUAAGCCAUUGCUGCAUUUGCAUCAAGAUAUUGAGACUUAACUUUUAAUAAACUCUUCAAAAAUAAGUUGAUUUUGUAGAGGAAACAAGUGAAACAUUUUUACUCCUCGGCAUAAAAUUAUAUUUUUAGGUUUUAUAUCAAGUAAUUUAUUAAAAUGAGAAUCUUUUUGCAAUACAGCCAGUACGGGGCUCGUACUUUCCACCGGAAUUCAUCUGAUUAGCUUGUUUCAUGAGUGAAGCAUAUGGUCCUUACAUUUUCAAAUUCCUAAAAUACUUGCUAACAUUUGGAAAGCAGCUGAUUCCAUUGAGAGGAAAAAAAAAAUAUUCAAAUGGUUUGACUUAGUUGAUGCUAUCUCCCAAAUGCACUUGUGUUUAAAGUAUUUAUUCUCCAGACCUGUUUUUUUUUUUUUUUAAUGACUGGUAAAGGGACCAACAUGCUUGGCCUCGAUUGCUGUUGCAAUACUUUGGUGAAGAAGGACGAUUUCCUCCCCAAAGACAUUACUGACAUUGUUUAUCGGGCCCUAAUUCUAGUUUAAAGUAUUCUAACCCACUGGUAAGGAGCAUCUUUCUCUCUUUUUUUUUUUCUUCCUUAGAACUACUGAUGUAUUUAUUUUUAAGCCAUCUGCCUUUAUUCUGUGCUGUCUGUCUCCUCAGCUUGAUGCGUCAGGUCUUGUUAGAUCAAAGUGUUUGUUUGUUCCAUGUAGCUGGAUUGGAGAUUUGUGAGCAGAUCAAAGGUUUUGCCUAACAUGUUAUGUCACUGUCUGACCCGACACAGUUGUGGAGAGUGAAUGGGAUUAUCAUAAAAAAGUUGUGGUACUAUUUCGAACUUUGGCCUGGAGGGUUUAUAUCCUUCAGUUUCCAGUUAAUAAUCAUUUCCCAUUUUUGUUGCACUAAACCCAGUCUGAAAAAGGUGACAGCAGACUAGUUAAAUAUCCGUGCAGAUUGUAAUUGUUCUUCGUGGUUUUUCUUCACGCGGUCAAUGACAUGGAAGCCUUAAGAUUACACUUUUAUAGGACAAAAUCUUCAAACUGCCAAUAUCAACAAGGAGUCAUAAUCAACACAUAUCUGUUAUCUGCCUUAUAUUACAGUUAGAUGCAACAUUUAAACCUGUCUUAGCCAUUUCUCUGUUCAAAUGAAUGCCAACAGUGGCUUUCUCACAACUUUGAAUAUUACUUUCUAAAGGAAAUGUUUCAUAAUGUCGUUUAAAAAAACUGUCUAAUGCACAGUUUGAUUGGCUACGACGGCAUUGCUCAUUCAUCAGUUGCAUUUGUAAUUCUUCUGGUACUCUGUUUUUCAUAAUCAUCAUUGAGAUGUAUGGUCAGGUAUUUAUCAUUUGGAAUACUACUUUGGUUUAUACGGCGGCUGAUAUUCCUGUUGGCGUUUGAUUGGAUGAUUGUCUACAGUGAUUCCUGCUAUAUUUCAAGCACAGAAAAAACAUUGUUAAAAUACUCCUUCCCAAUCAUGUAGUAGGUGGUAAUUAAUAGAAGGUUUCAGGGAGCGAACAGGUUUAAUAGGGUCAAGUGGGUGAUCGAAGACUAUAAUUAUCUGUGGAUUAUUGAGUUUGAUGGAGACCAUAAUUAUUUGUGGGUUAUGUGAGUAGGAUGAAUGAAUCACUGGUCUUGAAGACAGAAUAUUUCUUCCAAAUUCGCUAAAUUAAUUUUAUUUAUCUGUCUUAAUCACAAGCUACAAGAAAAUGUUCAUAAAGUGUUGGUUUUUUUUGGACUGGAGCUGAAUAUUUACAAGGCUUUUUUGUUCUUGUACUUCAUACCUGCUGAAGGGAAAGCGUCCGAGAAGAGAGUAUAUAUGUUUUAUGAACUGCUUUUUACAAAUGUAUACCUUCUCUUUUCUUGCUGUGCAAAGUUCA